UGUUGUGUCCUGAACAGGCGGGAGGAAGAGAAACAGCCCGGCUCAAGACUUUCUAAAUAUGCUUUAACUGUCCGAAACAAACUGUGUCGAGCAGACACUCGCCCUUCGACGUCCGUUGAGUCUGCUGACACCCGACGAAGCCUCGUGUCAGUCGGUUUAUUUCACCUCAAAAAAGCGUAAACGAGCCCCUGCGGACAAAGAUGAGCCUGGUCGUCUCUCAACAACCGGCUGAAGGGCUCCCGGCUGCGGCCCAAACGACAACAGAGAGUGAUACCGAUAGCGGGAUGGGCUCUCCGGCAGAGGAGAUGGCCACCGAGACGGCCGACAAGAGAGAAGAGCUUCCAGACUCUGACGAGGAUGAAGACAUCACCGUCCACAGAAAGCCUCACCGUAACGCCAUUAGAGACAGUGACAGCGAGGACGACGAGGAGGCAGCGGCGGAGAACAGCGUGCACAUGGUCGAGGCGCUGGUCUUAUCCGCUUCCAGCGGGGAGGAGAGGGAGACGGGAGAGAAGGAGGAGAGGAAAGACAACGGGACGCAGAAGAAGAGCAAGAGAAUAAGCCGAGCUCCCGUUGACAGCGACGACAGCGGGCCGGAGCGGGAGCAAAGUGGAGGAGUGGAGGAACAACAGAAGGAGGUGAGGAAGCAGGCAAAAUCAACAAAGAAGCGAGAGAAGAGCCAGAGGCACCGGGAGAAGAAGGAGAAGCAGAGCAAAGCGGUGGAAAAACUAAAGAAGAAGGAGAGGCACUCUGAAAUGAACGAGAACUCGCCGCUCCCCCGGGCUCUGAACGACAGCGGGUGUCUGCUCGGCGACACGGACCUGUUCGACGCCGGUCUGGACGACGAUGAGGAGGAGGAAGAGUCGCUGGAAGCCAUCCGAGCUGCUGUCAAACAAAAGAUGAAAAAACACAAGGAUCCUUUCCUGGAUGAGGAGGAUGAGGUGGGAGAUGAAGAUGCAGCGGAGAAACCCCAGCGUGUGGAGCGGAAAGCUGCGCGCGCCAGCCGAGAGGCGAUGAGGCACCUCCACAGCGAGUCUCAGAGACUGAUCCGAGAGUCCACACUCGGCCUUCCCUACCACGUCCCCAAGCCGAAGACAAUCGACCAGUUCUUCAGGAAGAGAGCCAGGCCAGAGGGUCCGGCCAUGGCGCUGUUGAAAUCCACAAAGUAUUCCGCCAUGAUGUUGGAGAUGCCCUCAGCUGCUUCUCCUCCUCCUCUUCCUCCACCUCCUCUUCCUCCCAAUGAGCCUCUGCAGCCAUCUGCCGAGCAGGACUCGUCUCCCGCUCUGGAUCCGUCGCCCACUCAGAUCCAGCCCAUACCUCGCCCCGCCGCCACCUCGUCCCCGCAGUGGGCAAGCCUCGACCAGGCCGGAGAGGCCCCGGCGAGCCCUGAUCCCGCCCAGGAAUCUGGACCGAUGCUGUAUCUCUCCGAGAGUCUAGAUGAGUCCGUCCCAGCAGUCGGAGCGCCUGCUUCUGAUCCUCGAGAAGAAGCGUCUUCGGCGCCCUCGGAGUGGAAACUGUUGACCGACUCUGGGCCCGUGUCCCGGGCUUCGACAGAGCCUUCAGCCUCCCGGUGUGGGGCCUCUGAUCCGGCCGCAGCGGUGCAGUCCACCAAACCCAAGGUGGACAAAUUGUCCAGACUGAAGAGGCUUGGACUGGACCCCCCGCCUGUGGCUAAAUUGUGUCCAGAUGACGGCUCCUUCGUUGAACUCGAGCUGCCGCCGCUGAACCCCGGCGUGGAGGCCCUGAAGAAGCGCUACCUCCGUCACGUCAAGGCACCCGACCGCCCUCGGGGAGAGCACACGAUGCAGCUCAGCAUCGUCCGCAAAGACACCGCCCCCUCUGGCCAGGAGGAGCUGCGCACCGAGUCCGUCACCGUCACCGUCAACGAGGGAACGGAGAAAACCCCCUCGGCAACCAAACCAGGAGAGAAGCUGCUGACUCUGAAGCAGCGCCUGCAGUUCGCCAUGGCCCAGAGGAGGCAGGAGGAGAGGGUGCGCAGGGCCGAGCUGAACCGCCUCGACAACGAAGACUGUGGGGAGGAGGAAGAGGAGGAGGACGAGAUGACCGAUGAGUCAGACGAGGAGGAGAACGUAGACGACUUACUGGGAGGUGGUGGCAGUGAGGAAGACGAGAAGGAGCGUGACGACGAGGAAGGCAGCGUAGCCCAGAGUCUCAGGAGUCCGUCGCCCGUGGCGCUGAACGAACCCUCCGACAUGAUUAAUACAGACACGCUUAUGCUGUUCCCCGGAAACUCCUGCUCUCGUACCAGUGAUGGCGUAAGGAGGUCUGGACCGGACGGCAGCGGCAAUAAGAUGGAAGAGGACAACAGCCACAACAGCAGCUUUGAGCUGGCGGGCUCGAUGAUAACCUCCUACCAGCCGGUCAGCCAUCAGCGCUCGGCAGGGAGGAGCAUCUCCAACUCUUCCAUGUUCCGCUCCCCUUCGCCCUGCCUCUUCAGGCCCAGCUUCCUCGGCUCCGCCUCCAAGAGCUCAAGCAAACUCUCCGAGCCGUCUCUCUGCCUCCCCGUCGAGGACUCCCAAGACCUGUACGCGCCUCCGUCCCCGGGAGCCGAUUCGGGGCCCCUGGGAGGCGUGGCCUCUGGCACCGGAGACUCCCAGGGUCGCUUCUCCUUGGAGGACGACACCCAGUCGCAGUUGCUGGACGCGGACGGCUUCCUGAACGUGGGGCUGCGGUCAGGCGCGCCGCGCUCCCACAAGAGGCAGCUGAUCCUGGACAGCCUGGACGAGAACGCCAUGGACGCCAACAUGGGCGAGCUGUUCGGGCUCUGCUCGGGGGUCUUCAGGACGGCGGAGGAGGGGGACUCCGGCGGGCCGGGCCGAGGAGGCCCCGGAGGAUCGCGAGAGGACGAGCUGCUCGGGUUGUGCUCCGGAGCGUUUCUGCCCACACAGGAAGGGGAGGAGCUGAAGAGAGAGGACAGGAGGGGGGAGGAGUCUGAUAAUACCAUGGAUCAGCUGCUGGGCCUGUGUUCGGGGAAGUUUACUUUUCCAGGUUCUGUUCACACGGCCUCGUCGGCACAAGACAGUAAAAAGAAGCCAGAGGAAGAGCCGCAGGAAGAGGAGGAUGACGAGGAUGACGAGGACUGCGAAUUCCGGCUCCUGUCGGAUGUGGAAAGUCACAGUGAGCCGGAGGACAAUGAUGAGGAAGGUGAAAAGGAUGACAAUGAUGAGGAGGCUGGUGAGGACGAGGACAACGACGUGGAAGAGGAGGAGAUGCAGGGUGUCUUUGCGUCGCAGCGGGUGAAGAAGAAGAAGAAGAUGCGUCUGACCGACUACCUGGAGUCGGAGGCCGAGCUGUCCGGCAGCGACGAGGAUGGCGACGACGAGGACGGAGACGGAGAGAACGAAUACGAGGAGGAGGCGCUUCUCGAGGAGCUUCCCUCUGACGACGAGCUGCAGGACCAGGUCAACAAGAUCCACAUGAAGCAGAUCAUGGACGACGACAAGCGGAAUCUGCGGCUCUACCAGGAGCGCUACCUCGCCGACGGCGACCUGCACUCCGACGGCCCGGGGCGAGCUCGCCGCUUCCGCUGGAAAAACAUCGAUGAUGUGUUCAACGCGGACCAGUUGGGCACGGAGGGCGACGGAGAGGAGCAGGAGGAUGAAGAGGUGGACCUGUCCGAGGUCCAGAGGAGGAGAGAGAGGCUGGAGAGGGAGCAGUGGCUCAGGGAACAGUCUGAGCAGAAACUCAAGAAAGGGGACGACCUGGAUGGAGACGACGAGAAGCUCGAUGAGGAAGACAGUCAAUUCAUGAAGCUGGCCAAGAAGCUGACGGCCAAGGCUCUGCAGAGAAAAGAGCCCCUCAAUGCACCACAGCCAGAGAAGAAGACCCCGGCUCUCAACCCCUUCCAGAGACCCUCGCAGCCCUCACAGGUGAGGAGAGGGUCGCUGCUGAGUCAGCCUCAAUCCGUCCUCCAGAAGCUGGCCUCCAUCUCGGAGGGGAAUCCUCUGGCGCCCAGAAACGGCCGAGGCUUCCUGUUCCAGACCCUGUCCCCGGAGAAGAACAAGUCCAACGGCGACGCUCCCAAGAAGCAGACGAUGAAGAAGAGGGGGCCGGUGGAAGCGGUGAACCCAUCAGCGAAGAGGGUCUGCGUGGAGAACCGGCCCGCCGGACAGACCAAAGGCCCCCAGAGGAGCAUCUUCAACUUCCUGGACCACUGAGGACGCAACACGAGCAGCUGAUCUAUAGAUAAUAAAUAACUGUCAGCGGGCAAAAGGACAGAAUUGACCGGCCACAUCCAGCAAAACCUCAAGAAGAAGGGACGGUUGCCCCGGGAGACGCCGCCUGUGAAACACGAAUACGGACACACACGAGUGUGUGUGUGUGUUUACGUUGCUUUUUUUUAAAUAGCAAGCGAAGGCCCUCCAAGUCUUCCUCGUUGUCCCGCCGACGAGAAGCAUUCACCCCUCACACCGCGCUGACUUAACCUGGACUUCCUGUCGGAGGUUCAUUUACAAAUGUUUUAUCAUGUAAAUAGGAUGAUUUAUUAGAUUUCUUUUUGUAAUCGUUUGGGAGUUGUUUUUCUGUACGAUGAAUUUAAAUGUAUUUGUUUUACAUUGUAAAUAAAAGUGUAUUUUAAGA